AUGACUGAUAAGCCCAGGAAGUUUGAGCCGGCUGGCCGCCAGAGUCGCCGUGUGCUGUUGUCGUUAGGUCUUGGAUCAUCACGUGAGGCUCUCGCAUCCCUCCUCAUCUCCCUAUCCCCUUCUCUUUUUGUUGGUGCCUUCUACCUUGUCUGUCUGUUUAUUUGUGUCACGAUCCCUGACAUCGAGUCGCUCUCAACUCGAGUGUCGAUUCCAAUCUCAGCAUCAGCGCCGGCGGCUGUGUCGGGACCAUUGCUCUCUCUGUCUGCUCCUUCUUCGUCGCCUGCUAUUACUCCUGCUGGAUUGCAUGGUGGCGAUGCUGCUCUGACUGUGUCUGCCGCUUCUGCUGCUUCGGGGUCUUUGCCUUUCCCUUCUCUGUCGACUUCUGCUGAGACAGAUGGUGGCACUGCGUCUUCGAGUGUCGUGGCUACUGAUACUACUGCUGCUGCUGCUGCCUCAGUGUCUGCAUCAGGACCGGGACCGGGACUUCCACGUUCCCCUACUCUUGUCCGUAUCCCUACCACCAUUCCUCCCCCCGCUACAGCUCCAGCCACAGCUCCUACUUCUCUCAAGCCAUCCACAACUAGCUCUCACACAGAACCUGGCACCCCAAUCUACCGCCGUCCCCGCUCCCUCUCCUUCUACGACGCAAGCACCUCCUCCGACGCCAUCCUGCCCCAGAACAGACACUUGAUCCAAAACGAAGGCGGCAUCGGCACCUCCCAGCACGCAGCAGCCACCCGCGACGCAGCGACGCGCUCCCCCCGAAAGACAGGCCUCAUCAUCACGCCCUCCGGCGCGCCCAACCCCGGCUUCAAAGGCUCCGCGUCGCCCUCCAUCUCCGCCUUCCGACGCGUCGUCAGCGCCAGCGCCAGCGCUCGCAAUAGAACCUCUUCCCUGUCUCCUGCGUUGGCACCUCAGUAUCAGCCUCAGGCCUCGGCUUCGGCCUCGGCCAGACGCACCUCUUACCCCUUUCGGGCUGAGGACUUGAAUGCGGCGUAUUGGCGCGCGGCGGAGGGCUCGGGGUUCCGGGAGUCGAUUGAUACGCGGGGAUACGCGCCGGGUGGGGAGUCGCCGGUGAGGGGGAUUCUGAAGAGGAGGCAUGCGGUGAUGGCUAGGGAUUUCACGGCCCCUGAGAAGAAGGUUACUUUUGCGGAGAGUGGUCAGGGUGAGGGUGAGGGUGAGGUGAAGGGGGAGUUGGAUGAGGAUUGGUUGAGUGAGCUUAUUCAGUCGGUGUUGAGGGUUACUUUGGAUGAGGGGGAGGGUGAAGCUUCUUCUGGUUCUCAUGUUCAGGGCUCUGUUGGUCAGGGCUCUGGAGGCGUUGUUUCUGCUCGUGGUGAUGUUUCUGGAGGUCGUGUUUCUGGCCAUGUUGUUGACUCUGAUGAGGAGGACGUCUUCCCCGCCGAGGAAUUCUGUCAUGAACAGUGA